GCAGGUACGGUGCCUAGUAUACAGUAUACUACUAGAGUUUCAACUUGCUACGACAGUUCUACUGUUAGGCUGGAGCAGCUGCCGUUGCAGUUUCAACGAAGUGGUCAAAGGCGGUGACUAAGCCGCCAUGCAUGUUUGGUAGCAGCCAAUAGGGCGGUGCGAAUUCUCUUCGCACCCGUCGCUGUGCACACAGCGGCGAUCGAGUCAAACAUACAAACAUACUGACAGACGCCACCACUCGCAUCACCCGUGCGCUCCAUGCCAAAUUGCCACCAAAUUCAGUAUUCAAUUUGUCAACGUUGCGAGUAUGCCGGUGCAGCGAUGCACCCGACCCUCCUUAUAUAUAUAUAAGACGAAACAAGCAUCGGUCUCAUCUCAUCCUGUUGUCAUCUAUUCAUCUCGUUGGACACGAAUACGACCGAUAGCAGAGCUUAGCAAUUAUAUGGUUAUGGGUGCGCUGUUCCCAUGGCUGGCAUGGUUGCUCCUCUCCCUCGCCGGCAGCAUAUACCUCCUCGGCCAUCUCGUGCACGACCGUCGUCGUCGCCGUGGUCUACCGCCGGGACCCCACCCACUGCCCGUCAUCGGCAGCCUCCACCUGCUCGGUAACCAGCCGCACCGCUCCUUGGCCAGGCUCGCCAAGACGCACGGCCCGCUCAUGUCCCUCCGCCUGGGCGCGGUGACCACGGUGGUGGCCUCCUCCCCGGCCGCCGCCCGGGAGAUCCUGCAGCGGCACGACGCCGUCUUCAGCAACAGGCGGUCCGUGCCGGACGCCCCCGGCGCCCACGCCAGGAACUCGACGGUCUGGCUGCCCAACGCGCCGCGCUGGCGCGCGCUGCGCAAGAUCAUGGGCACCGAGCUGUUCGCGCCGCACAGGCUGGACGCGCUCCAGCACCUCCGGCGCGACAAGGCGCAGGAGCUCGUGGACCACGUCGGGCGGCUGGCGCGCAACGGGGAGGGCGUCACCGUCGGCCGCGUCGCGUUCACCACCAGCCUGAACCUCGUCGCGCGCACCGUCUUCUCCCGCGACCUCACCGGCCUCGACGACGACGGCGGGUCCAGGGAGUUCCAGGAGGUGGUGACGGACAUCAUGGAGGCCGUGGGCAGCCCCAACGUCUCCGACUACUUCCCGGCGCUCGCGCCCGCCGACCUGCAGGGAUGGCGCCGGCGGUUGGCACGGCUGUUCGCGCGGCUGCACCGGAUCUUCGACGAGGAGAUCGACGGGAGGCUGCGUGGCCGCGAGGCUGGCGAGCCCAAGAAGAACGACUUCCUCGACCUGCUGCUGGACGCCGCCGACGACGAUGACAACACGGCGGGCCUGGAUCGCGACACACUCCGUUCACUCUUCACGGAUUUGUUUUCUGCUGGGAGUGACACAAGCUCCAGCACAGUGGAAUGGGCAAUGACGGAGUUGCUUCGAAGCCCAACUUCAAUGGCUAAAGUUUGCGACGAGCUUGCCACAGUCAUUGGCCCAAGAAAAAACAUCGAAGAAUCUGACAUUGGCCGGUUGCCCUACCUUCAAGCUGUGGUAAAAGAGACUUUCAGACUACACCCUCCUGCUCCACUGUUGCUACCACGGCAUGCUCAGACCGACGUGAAAAUAAUGGGGUACACGAUUCCAGAAGGUUCUAGAGUGUUCAUAAAUGUGUGGGCAAUGGGUCGAGACGAAGAGACAUGGCCUGAACCUGAGAGGUUUAUGCCAGAGAGAUUUCUGGGGAAGACGGUGGAUCUCAGAGGCGGCGACUUUGAUCUGAUUCCGUUCGGUGGAGGACGCCGGAUCUGCCCCGGAAUGCCGUUGGCGAUCAGGAUGGUGCAUCUGCUGCUUGCGUCGCUGUUGAAUCAGUUUACAUGGAGGCUCCCGGAUGAGGUUGAGAGAAAUGGAGUUGACAUGGCUGAAAAUUUUGGCUUGACAUUGACCAAGGCUGUGCCUCUUUGUGCUAUAGCUACAGCAAUUUGAUGAGUCAGUAAGGCAUUCUCUGUGGUAAACAGCUGUUUUGUGGUUAUUGGUUCCUCUGUUGGUCGAUGUAUCAAUAUAUCUUACAUUUUAGUUUUUGUUUUCUUCUUUGUGUGCUGUUGGCUGGUAUAGCUUUGGUAACCUUUGUGAAUACGUAAUCUUUUCGUGAGAGCUCUGUGCUAA